AGUGUUAUGACAUCAUUACUUACUAGGUUCGGUAAUAGUAUAUCUGUAUUCAGUCUAUGCAGUCUAUAACAACGCCCUCAACCGGCGACUAGCUGCAACUGCAUGUGAACAGACCUGUAGUAUCACACUGUACUACAUACAGUCUUUGCCUGUAUACUCCGCUCUCUGACUUCUCCGCUCUCAUUCUCUAGAAAAUGGCGGACUGCGCUUCACUGUUAGAUGAGGAGCUCACUUCCUUUGUCUUCAAUUACCUGACAGAAAACUCCGGGAGCCAGUAUGGGGAGGAGGAGGUCUGCUCGGACCGCCUGGACGCCGACUUCCCUGACAUAGACCUCUCUCAGCUGGACGCCAGCGACUUUGACUCAGUCAACUGCCUCAGCGAGCUCCACUGGUGCAACGACCAAUCAGACAUCUCCGCUGCCUCCAUUCAGUACAGCACAGGAGACCCUGAGUUUUUUGAGAUAGAUGAGAAUGCGGCGCUGCUGGCUGCUCUCACAGACAGCCUGGACAGCAUGGUGGAGGACGAGGUGGGGGGGCUGUCUGUGUUUCCCUCGCUGGGGGAGGGGUCUGAGGAGGACCUUCCCUUCCCUUCAGGCUCCCUGAGUGACGGCUCCCUGAGCUCAGAGACAGAAGACCCGUCUCUACUGAAAAAGCUCCUGCUGUCCCCCCCUAACGUGCCCACGGGCCUGGAAUCACACAAAGAGGGCAGCAGCAACAGCGGGCAUCGCCAUUGCAGCAGGAGCCUGCAUCUGAAACCUGUCAGGCCUUUGGUUAAGCGUGAAAGCACACAGGAGCGUAAGCCCCGAGCAGUGCGACCAGCAGGACGUCUGUGCACAGAGCUCCACCGGCACCUGACCUCUGCACAGGAGGCUGAAGACACUCCUUCAGCCGACACAGAGGAUGAGGAGGACGAGGAGGAAGAUGAUGACGAUGAGGACAGUGAGUCCGAGGAGGAAGAAGAGGAGGAGGAGUCCUCGGGCAGUGAGAGUGAACGCUCCACUCCCCUUGAGCCCACCAAGCCCCAGUUCUCCUCGGAGAAAGAACUCAAAUCUGUGGUGGAGCUCAUCAAGUAUAUGCACACAUACUGCCUGCCCAUGCGCAAGCAGGCUGGCUGGGAGCGCAAGGAGCGUGAGUGCCCAGGCCAGGUACGCAGGGCCAGACCCGAGUGCCCCACGACCCUGAUCCACCCGAACUGUCACAAGGCUGCCCCCCAGGCCCAGAGCUGCGCCCCUCGGCCGCGUCUCGCCUUUACCCGCAGACGGGAGGUCAAAGCCAACUCUCUGCUGCGCGAACUGCUCAAAGCGGUCAACUCCUUUGACGUGAGCAAGCCUUACAGACUCCACAGCCCCCCCUACACCCAUAACAGAGAUGCUAUCACCAAGCCAGCGCAUGACAGAAAGACUGAGACCCCUAGCCCGACUGCCAGCUCAACCAAACCAGAGUUUAUGAAAGAGCGCGGCCUAGAGGUCCCUCUGAGCCCUGACCUGGAGGACGCCUCCUUCUCAGUCCGCCGCUCCCGCAGGCUCGCCUCUUUCCCCAGCCGCUUCGCCAAGAAGGUGCGUGCCGGCCGGGUGAGGGAGGAGCCUGCGUCCGGGGAUCGGCGCCCUGACGAGGAGGACAAGGCGGUCAAACACCCCCCGGGAGACGACCCGGAGAAAGACUCCGCCGCCAAUAACAACAGUACUUCCCAAACCACGGCAGACGCAGCCGAACCCGAUAACCUCUGCUGUCAAAACGGUAAGGCAAGAUGGCGACGAUGUCAGAAGCCCCAAGCUCUCAAAGCCUGUCCCGAUUUUUCAGUCCACAUGGCUCCAUCAUGCAGUAUCUUUCUUCAAUUUGAUGUACCAAUGGCUCUUUCUGUCAUUCUGAUUGCAGAGAAACGCGCCUGCCUCUGUCUGCCGCUGACUCCCAAAUCUACUGGAGACACACAGUAUGCCAACAGGCCCUUUGAGCAGACUCUCAGCGUGGACCUGUGUGGCACAGCAGGUAAUGUCGGGGCUUUGAGUUGGCCUCACCCUCCCACCACCCCCCCUCACAAGCAAGUGGAGGAUGAGCUGUUCAAGCCAGAGGGGAAAGGAGAAUCCACACCGAAGGGCUCGUGGCUGACCCGGGCCCACUCCCGCAAGCUCCCCGAGCAGACUGAACUCUACGCCCAGCUCCGCAAGAUGGGCCAGGCCAUCGAUGCAGAACCCAAAGUCCACAGGACGUUUGGAGACCAUGACUACUGCCUGCUGAGUCUGGGGGAGAGCCGGAAGAGAACCGCCGCCAUGCUGGCCCACUCGCUGUUCGGACGCUCCUCUCCGGAGGGGGACAGGGUUGAGCGCAGGGUCCAAGGGGACAAGAGGCUGGAACAGCAGAGUGAAGACAGGCUCUUUUCCAAGGUGCCAGAGUACCUGAGUAACGGUAACAGGGCUGACAGAAAGGGGGACGCUUUAUCCCCCCACAACUCAGAUGAAGAGGGGGAACGCUCCUCCCGUUCACCCUCCCCCAUUCUCCACUCCAGCUGCUGCCAGCCCCACUCGCCUAGCAGCAAGCCCGACUUCAGCUGUGAGAACUCUGAGACGUGCCACGGAGACAAGCAGAGAAACAAAAUCUCUAAGUCUGUGCUUCAAAUUGACGAGGACAACUGCCAAGUGUUCUACAUACACAACCUGCCAAGCAGCGUCACACAAACGAUGCUGCGCAAACGCUUCGAGGCCUUUGGAGACCCGGAGGACUGCAAAGUCAUCACCAAACACGAGGAACGCUGUGGAGUCAUCAAGUUCCGUCCGGCACCCAGCGGGCAGCAGAUCCAGAGGCACAGACGAGAGCCGCUUUUCCAGAACGGAGGGGGUGGCAUGCACAGGCUCAGCAGGAAGAGAUACAUAGAUCUGGACGAAGCUGGACCAGGGCCAGUGAAGAGCAAGUAUGACGCCCUGGACUUUGACACCCUGCUGAAGGAGGCCCAGAAGAGCCUGCAUCGCUGACGGUGACUCGGCUGGGCCUCGCCUUAGAACCCUCAUACCAACCCCAGACUCGGCUCAGUACCUCAACCAAGGCACCUCGUCAUGUUUACAUUUUUAACAUUGGAAUAAGAAACGGGCCUUGUCUCUUUCAGCUGAGGAUACUACAGAGGAAUCUAGCGGGGGUUGGAGGGAUGGAGGAGAAAAAAAAGCAACGAAACAACAUAUAAUGUAUCUGAACACAAAAAGCUGCUUCCUGUCUGUGUUCAUGACUUUGUUGUGACUCGUCGUGGUCCCGUUGAGAGCCGAUGGGCGUGUGGGCGGGCGAGACCUCUGUAGCAAACCUUGCUCCCUCCGUUGGUCGUUGUGGUGUGUGUGUCUGCGUGUGUGUGUCGUUGUUUUGUACCCCCUUGGUCACUACUGGUGGAACUGCAAGCUGUAUUCGCCAUUACGUUCGUACGGUAUAUAACAAAACCUGCUUAAUAUUAGCAAAAUUGUGGAUGUUCAAACUGUGUGUGUUAUGACAUAAAAUACAAAAACAAAAAAAUCUUUCGAACAGCUUAGAGUUUACAAAUCGAAAAUGAAAAGAAAAAAAAUCUUGUUUUUUGUCAUUUUAGUGCUUCCUUGAUUUAAUCUAUGCACUCUAACGAGGUAAUCAUGUUUCCUCACUUGACUUCUUUCCCUUACUCUGCCACUCAACACUGCUAUGCUGUUGGCUGCUUUACUCUAUAGGUUACCUACCCACUGCUGCUAAGCUAGCCACUCUCACAACCUGGUUACGCUGAUCUAGGAUGGCAGUCACUUCCUAUCCUACCAACUCCACAUAAAUGGGGCUAUGACAACUAACGCUAUUAUGUCAUGAAGUAAACUUCAAGGCAUAUUUACCAUAUGAAAGCACACACACUCUCCAGAGCAAAAUCACAAUCGAUCCCAGCCAAUUCUCUGCGCUGUUUGAGAUCAGACAUGUUCAGAUAGUACAAUCAGUAAGCAUAAUCCAGCCAAGGACGGAGCAGAGUCAGACAUUUACUCCAGGUUCUAGAAUAUAACGUAUACUAUAGUAAUGGAAUGUACACUUCACUGAUCUGAAUGUAGAGCCCUUACCCGAAUCAAAGUCUCUGGAGUUGUGCUCCUUUAAUAGAGCUCCAUUGCAGCCUGUCUCUUUGUGAUGCACCCAGCAGCAUAGCUGAGGGAGAGAGUGUCCAAGGCUCACCGCACCAUUCACACCAGAGAGAGGGAUGGUAAAUCAAAAGUCUGUUGAACUCUGUUGAAUUUUCCCAGAGAUCUGGAUGGUACCACAUCAGACAAGCGUCUCCACCUCAUUUAAAUCCUUCUUCUCGGGUGCUCUCUCCCCCUUUUUACUCUUGCUCUUCCUCCUCUGAAACACUCAUUUACUUCUCCCAAUCUAUCCUUUCUUAUUGGUGGAGGAGUUCAGCUUGCUUUUCCUACUAAAACUCCCAUAACUCGCCUCGUGGCUAAAAACUCAAAAAUAGUUUGCGUGUCAGUUUUUGGACCGUGUAUCCAAUGUGUACCUGGGUGUGUUGUCUGUCUGUCUCGUGUUCGAGUUGGCGCUGCCAUCGCUGGGGUUCCCAGAAGGACCCAUGGUCCUCUGGUGUGCUGGGAGACUGAAAACCAAUUUUCUUCUCUCCCGCUCUCUUUCUUGUUUUCUUCAAAGUCCAGGUCCCCCAGCCCCUCAAUACUGUACAGCCUAGCUCUUCUGUGUGUGGGCAUGGGGCCUCGUGCUGCCCCAGCCUUGGCAAACCUCCUUCCUUUUUUUUCUAACAGAUUAUCCCUGUCUCUCUCUCUCUCUCUUCCCCAUUUAUCUAAUCUUCUCCAUUUAUCUAAUCUUCUCUGUAACACACAUGAAAUUGAAUGUUUACAUCACUGAAUUCUCGUUCGACUUUAUUAGAGCGCACACUAAGUACAAAGACGCCUUAUUCAGUGUUAGAGUAUCCUAUCAGGAUGUGCCUUCGUGGCUUACCCUAGUAGGUUUACUAAAGGAAACAAAAGGACAAAUAUUUAGUGCUAUACAUACUGAUAAAAAUCAAACAAAAAACUUGCUAAUCAAAAGAAGAAAAGCUGAAUGACUAUUUGUGCUUAGUAUGUAUACUACUAAAAAGUGAGAGAAUGUGCUGGUUUACAUUUAAAAAAAAUAUGAUAUAUAAUGUGUAUAUAGCACUAUACGUAGUGUAAACAUGAAAUGUAUCGUUGUGUCUAUACAGCGAUUUGUAGAUGUGCGUUAUAAAGGUGGUGGGACACCAUUGCAAAUCAGACUGGCAAGGAUAAACUGUUUAAAGAUGCAAGGUUGAACAAUACAGGGAGUAACUGAACUGAAGGGAAUUUAUUUUAAAAUGACUUGACACAAGUCAAACACUGUUGUAUAAAGUAUCCCUUUAGAUAUGCUAUAGAAAGUUGAAUUUCUUUUUAAAUGAUUUCAAUAUUUUUGACGAUUUUUCUUUUUUUUACGCAAUUGAGAUGCAAUACAUAUAUCUAUGAGACAGCCUUUCUCAAAGAUUGGAAGUGGUUAUUUCAGUGGUUGGUUGUUAAAAUAAAUCCUUAAACUGAUCCUGUACUGUACGUUGUAGAACUGCUGUUAAAAAAGAUAUAUAUAAAAUGACAAAUAAUAAUAAUGUGGUCAGUCAUGCCAUACAUUUAAAAAAAUCAUGUAUAACAAUAAUACCAUUGCACAUAAAGCCCCAAAUAGUGAAAUAUCUGUUCACAACUUUCCAUGAAAGGAGCUAGGCUUAUUACGGACACAUGUUGGUAGACGAGGUUGUUAAACUUGUUGAAAUUCAGAGGACACUUGUAUAAUGAUUGGCAACUUGUGAACACGUAUGACUAAUCUUUGGAGAGAGGGAAAGGAAACAGUCACUGCGCUUUUUAGCCCCUGUUGAAUUUUCAGACUACUUGAUGCCAGUGGAGUGCUUCCAUCAGUAGAGUUGAAUGACAACAAAACAAAUUCUCAUGAGGAGAGCCUUAAAAACAAUAGGGGGAAACUUAAGCUAUCACUAUAGCUUUGAAUAUUACCGUUUUAUCUCCUUUCAAAUCCAAUGUGUUUUAUUAUUAUUAUUAUUAUUACAACUUUUUUCAAUACAGCCAUAUUAUAAAAGGUAUAUAAAUAUAUAUACAUAUGAAUAUAUAUUUGUGUGUUUGUGUAGAUAUUAAGAUGAUAUUAUAUACUUUCUUAUAGAAAACUUUGAUGUUGACCAUUUUCCUUGGUGUUUCAGAGCACUUCGGCACAUUUCAACAACUACUGUCAAUCUAGGAUUGUUAGGUUGAGAGAUGAUCCAAAUUGAGUCCCUUCCAAAGGUAACCCUCGUCAGAACAGAAUGCAAUUCUUCCCAUUCUUCAUUUCAGAAAAUGGCAAGAAAUUAACUUGAGGCAAGUUGACCAAAACUAUAUUUGAUGUUGGCUUUAAAUCGAAUUCGGAGAGCCUUGUCAGAUUGAUUUUCUAACUGUCAUUAUCCAACUACAUAGUCCACACAAAUACAUAUUUAAGUUUUCCAAUUUUAUUUCAUUGGAAAAUGUCUCUUUAAACUCACCAUGUUAAUAAACUUGCCCUAUAGAAAGAAAGUGCAAUACUGGUCCUUGAUUCACCAUUGUUCACUGUACCCUGGAUGUAAAAUGACCAUGUGUAUCAAAGAUUAUUUUGUAUCCCAACAGACAGAGCACUUUCUGUCAACACACAGAAAACAUCUGAUAACAUAAUGGUAAUGUGAUGUCAAUGGCCACUUUGGGGGCUGCAAAUUGUCACAAUCUAGCUUGCUGUGAGCGGGUCUUUGGUGGAAGAAAAAUUUACAUAAAAGGGCAUACAUCGUUUGUUUUUUCUGUUUAGAUUUUUUUGUUGUCUAUUUACAUCUAAUAACUAUCAAAAUUCACAAAAUGAUUUCCUUUUUUAAUGUAGUUUUGGUAAACGGUAAAUACUGCUAGUAAGAUUUUAUAUUUUUACAUCUGUUGGUUUAUUUUACUUUUAUUAUUAUUUAUUUAUACGCCACUUAGUUAGGAUGUCUUUUAAUGGUGUUUUUUUUCCUGUUUUGUGUGAUUUCAGAUGUCUUCAGAAUGUGGAGACAAAAUGCAUUUCAGUACUUUUGAAUUGUUAAAAUCUAGUUUCGUAGCUACAUUUAUCUAUAGACUGAAAUUAUCUGCUGUUAUAAAUUAUAUUUUAAUUCAUGUAAAUAGUUUCAAAAUGAAGACUAUGGCUUCAUUUUAAACUGAAUACAUUUCUCUUCAGAGAUUGUUUACAUUAUUAAACUGUAGAGAUGUUCCUCAUAUACUGUAAAAAGUACAUAUUUUAUUGAUUUGCCUCCAAAAAAUAAAAUCCUAAUGAACAACA